AUGACAAAACGUAUAUCAUUUGUACGAGGUUUUCGUAUACCAAAAGAAAAAGAUAUUAAUGAAGCACUUGGUAAUGAUGCUUCAUUUUCGAAUGAAUUUAAAAGAUCAUUUAAUUCAUUACCACAUCCAACAAGUGAUUUAGAUUGGUUAGCAAAUUAUAAAGAAAAAGGUCAAACAUAUAAACGAUUUCUAAAUGAAUGUCCAUUUGUUAAUAAUAAUUCUUCAUCACAGAAAUAUAUUUAUUUAACAUUACUUGAUAAUGAUAAUCGUUUAUCAUUAUUAAAUAUUGAUCGUUUAAUUGAUUAUACACAAAGAUUUUUUCAAAUGGAAAUUAAACUUCUUCCUUUAUUUACAAAUUUUAAUUGGAAUGAGAAAAAAAAAACAUGGAUAUGUACAAUGAAAAGUAAAAAUGAUUCAACAAAAGAUAUAACACUUCGUACACGUUAUAAUUCAACAAGUGAACAUUCACAAAUAUGUGUACAUAAUAUACUUAAUUUAUUAAAAACUUCACUUCCUAAUGAUGCUCGUUGUCUUGUUGCAAUUACAUUGCAUGAUUUAUAUUCAGAUGAAUCUGAUUUAUUUAUUGCUGGUUUAUGUUAUGGAAAUCGUAGUGUAGCAAUAUUUUCUUUUUUUCGUUAUGAUCCUCGUUUAGAAUUUAGUGAAGAAUUUUGGUAUGAUUGGAAAAUAAAAAAAAUUAAAUCAAAAUUGAUGUCAACAAUUAUAUUACUUCGAUCAUGUCGUCUUCUAACACAUGAAAUAGGACAUCUACUUGGUAUUGAUCAUUGUAUUUAUUAUGCUUGUUUAAUGAAUGGAAGUGGACAUUUAGAAGAAGAUUUUUCUCAACCAUUAUUUUUAUGUCCAAUUGAUUUGAGAAAAUUAUUACAAUUAACAAAUUUUGAUUUUAUUGAACGAUAUGAACAAUUAUUAGAUUUUUGUAUAGAAAAUCAAUUCAAAGAUGAUAUUAAUAUAUUAAAAAAACGUAUAGAAAUAUUGAAAAAUGAUAAAACAAUGAUACAAACAAAAAAAAAUAAAGACUUUGAUUAUGAAUUACAACAAAAAUCUAAACGUUUGAAGAAAAAAUACCGAUAUUAUUUAGAUAAAUCAAUGUUAUUUCGAAUCGUUCAAAAUUCUUUCACUUCAAUUAUUCGUCAAUCAAGUAAUUUUGUUCGAAUAUUUGAAGUUGGUCCUCGUGAUGGUUUACAAAAUGAAAAAACUCAAGUAUCAACAUCAACUAAAAUUGAAUUCAUUAAUCGUUUAAGUCAAACAGGUCUUAAAUAUAUUGAAGUAACUAGUUUUGUUUCUCCAAAAUGGAUACCACAAAUGAAUGAUCAUGUUGAAGUACUUGCUGGUAUUGAUCGAUUACCUGAUAUUUGUUAUUCAGUUUUAACACCAAAUAUUCAAGGUUUAAACAAAGUUCUUUCAUUGGGAAAAAAAGCUGCUAAUGAAGUUGCAAUAUUUUCUGCUGCAUCAGAAAUAUUUUCAAAGAAAAAUAUUAAUUGUUCAAUUGAAGAAUCAUUUCAACGUUUUAAUCAAGUUGUAAAAAUUGCACAUGAACAGAAUUUACCUGUACGCGGUUCAAUAUCAUGUACUGUUGGUUGUCCUUAUGAAGGAAAAAUUAAACCAUCACAAGUUGUACCUCUUGUUGAAAAACUACUUGAUAUGGGUUGUUAUGAAGUUGCACUUGCUGAUACAAUUGGUGUUGGUACACCGAAAUCUAUUCAUGAAUUGCUUAAAGCAAUUUAUGCAAAUGGUAUUUCAUCGAAUAAAUUAGCUAUUCAUUGUCAUGAUACAUAUGGACAAGCUAUUGCUAAUAUUGCACAAGCAUUAGAAAUGGGUAUACGUUGUAUUGAUUCAAGUGUUGCUGGUCUUGGUGGAUGUCCAUAUGCUAAAGGUGCAACAGGAAAUGUAGCAACUGAAGAUGUUCUUUAUUUAUUACAUGGACUUGGUUAUGAGACAGGUAUUGAUCUUAAUCGAUUGAUUGAUGUAAGUCAAUUUAUAACGAAUAUAUUAAAACGUGAUAAUAUGUCGAAAGUAACAUGUGCUGUUCUGUCUAAAAGACAAAAUUGA